AUGUCAUACCCUGUCAGUGCCAGUGAGGGCAACAUGAUGCUCAAUGCUGAAGGCAACACGAUGCUCAGCGCUGAAGGCAGUGUGAGCCGCCGCAUGUCCGAGCUGCCCAUCGAGAACCAACGGAAUGACCACAAUCUUCAGCAAUCUCCCGGGCCAGAAUCAUCUCAAGUAAUGUUUAUGCAAGCUCGGCAGAGAUGCAAGAUUGCCAAACUGGAGGAGAAGAUAGAGACUCUCGAGUCAGGGCGAGCUGUGAAAGAAAGGCAAACGAACUACUACCUGGCCCAAGGAAGAGGCUUCAGGCGUGUUGUCGCUCUAUUCGAUAGCAUUGAGGAUCUCGUAUCCGACAAUGACAGAAGAUAUGAUAUUGAUGGUGAUGACGAUGCGGAGGCCGCUACUGUUGACCAAGACAGGCUGCAUGUAGGUUACCAUGUCCUAGUACAAACCUUGCCGUGGUUUGUGAAGAGUGUCUUGAACAUGGAGCACGAUGACUACAUGUGCAUGUUAAAAUUGCUCAGGCAGGGGGCUGAUGGUGCUCGAGGAGAUGAUACAUCGAAGCUCAAGACUCUUAUUUCAGACUGGGUUAAUUGUGAACUGAAACCAAACCCUCCUGUUGACCCCGACAAUAAGCAUUGUCGUGGAUUUGUCAAUGAUGCAUGCGGUAUGUUACUGUGCCCAGCUGAGCUUGACUGGAACGACUCAACCAUAAGGACAGGGAUCCGAGAUCGAUUGGAGGGCUAUGUUGUUACAGAGCUCUCCUUUCCGACCUUUUUGUAUGAAAAGUACAGCGCCAAUUCAGAAGAUCUGGAGGAAGGGCUCUUCAAGGGCAGAAUUCUUCCACAGGACAUUGAGGGUGAUGGCGAUGGUGCAGAUGUUGUCGAGAACAACAGGCGAGCGAAGAAAGCACUCUCAGGAAUCAAGGUCAAGAAACACGUAGCGCAAAUUAUCAAGAUAGACAAAGUUACUCUGUGGUCUAUUGCAUACAUUGCCUGUCAGGUGCGAUUUGCGCUUUCAUCCGUUACCUUGUGGCGGUCGGUUGAUGGUGACUUCGACUACAUACAAUUCUGGCAGACCAUAGUAGAUUUCUUCGAAAAGCCUCCUGGCCGAGAAGUGCAGCACAGAGUCAAAAAACUCCUGGAGUGGUGGACUAGGAAAGUUUUUGGCAGGAGUCGCCAUGAGGACCUUAGCAAUGCAACGAAGGCCUGCAUGUCUGUGAACACUCUUGCGAGGCAGAGGGCGCGCCGCGAUGACACUGCUUUAGAUUCGAACUAG